AUGAGAUAAAGUAUAUCCAAAGUUUAAACGUUAUACGUCUGCUUUGCUAUCAUAAUCUUAUCUUCUUCAAUCUCUGAAGCUAGAAAAUACAACGACAAGUCUAUCUUAUACAAAAGAUAUCCUUAGUUGAACAAUACUAUGACUCCUCAGUGUGUUUAAGGGAUCAACAAGAUGCUUAUUAAUUUCUUACAAUAUCCCUAUGAUUAGAUGGAACUUUAUUCUCUCAAGGGAAUAAAUGAUCUUGGAAGUUACUCAAAAUGCCAAUAAAACUUAGGAUAAUACUCUGAUUACUCCACAUUGAACUUCAAUCUCUCUCAUUUACCCUUGAUAUUGCAUUUCGGCCUUUGCCUUCCAAAAGAAUGCAAGCAAGCUAAUUUAGACAAAUUUAAUGAAGCUAUUACUGAUACUAUUAAUAAUGCUUGGAUAGGAUUGUCGAAUAUUACCAAUGUAGAAUCUGACUAUACUAAAAACUGGACAAGGUUCCAAGUCCAAGUUUUGAAAACAGAUGAAGUACUAAGUAGCUGGAGAGACGAGACUAAGAUAGGCUGUAUUAUCAUGCUGAUACUAGCCUCCGUAUUUAUGCUAAUAUUCUGCUUCAUUCCAAGUUUGCUUCACACUAAAGACAAAUUAAUAAACUUUAAGAAUCCUCAAGCCAAUGAAUAAGUUUUAUAAAACAGUUCAGAGGUAUUAAGCAGCUAAAAUCAUGAUAAUUAAUCUAUUCAUAACAACAACAUCAACAAUUCCUUAUUUAGUACCCAAGGAAAUAUGUUAAAUGAUAAAACGAAGAUUACAGUGGAAAAAUUCAACUCCUCUAGGCUUUCUAAUUCAGCUGCUCUUUUAAAUGGAAUGUCAGGGUCAAGAAAUGGAAAUCAAUCAGUAGAUUUAAGAAGCUCACAGGCUAGUGAGUAGUAUCUUGAUAAAAGAGCCUUAAUAGAUUCAAAUUUGGAUCCAAAGAGACCAAUCUACCUUUAAUAAACUCCAAAAUUGAUUGAAUCCUUUUCCUGGAUUAAUGCUUUUAAGGAACUAAAAACCUCUAGAGGGAAACCUUGGGAUCACAAAGAGCUUGAUAUGUUGGAAACUUUCAAGUUUGUGUCUUAUGUCCUACUUUAAGUUACAGCAACAGCGUUCUUCUUGAUGACUGGCCCAACUCAAAACUCUUGGAAGAUUCUUGACUUCUUUUAAAACAUUAUCUUCACAAUAGUUGUAAGUGGAAACGUCGGAAUGGAAGGUUUCACUUGUCUAUCUGGAUUCUUUGGAGCUUAUAGACUACUUCAGAUCUAUGAUGCCAAUGGUGGUACUAUUUCUUUUAAGGACAUACUAAAGUUUUAUGCUAGAAAAGUAAUGAGAUUACUCCCUAUUUAUUACUUAGUUCUAUUCUUCGGAUGGUUUGUUGGCCCAAUUUUAUUUGACGCUCCUCUUUGGAGUAUAAACAAAACUUUAUAUCUUAAUUGUGAAUCUUACUGGUGGGCAUCUGUUCUUUUUAUUGGCAAUCUAGUACCUUUCUUUGGAGAAGCAACUGAAGGCUGUAUGUUUUGGUCAUGGUUUUUAGCCUGUGAUCUUUAGCUUUAUCUCCUAAUACCCUUAUAUGUUGCUCUAAUUAGAAAAUCUAAGAUCGUAGGAUAUGGCCUACAAUUUCUACUGAUUGCAUUUAACAUAGCCUUUGCAAUUAUAAUUUGUCUCUAAAAAGAACUUAGAGCAGGAGUUUUUGCCCUUGAAAAUUAUUAUCUUUUCAGUGAUCUUUUAAACAAACCAUACUGUAAGUUUGCAACUCAUGGUACAGGUGUAAUGUUUGCAUUCCUCUACUGGGAAAUACUAGCAUACAGAAAGUGUGAUAACUUUGAGAAGCCUAAGAAAUAUCCUAAAUUGCACUUCUUGCAUAAAGCUAAAUGGCUUGGAUAUUCCUUCAACAUUAGUGGGAAUGCGCUAGUAUGGGUUAAUUUACUAUGCGGUUAUGGUGCAGUUAAAAGUCCAUAUUCAUGGUCAAUGCUCUAAAAUUCUCUUUACUAUGGUCUUACUAGAAUAUCUUAUUCUAUUGCAUUAUUCCUUAUCUUUUUGGCUGUUAUCUUGGGUCAUUUUGAGAUUGGAAGAAUUGCGUGUUAAAAUAAUUAUAUGAGGGCUCUUGGCAAAUUGACAUAUUUAGGAGGUCUUCUAUCUCCAAUAGUUAUUACUUUACUGUAUUGUGGUUUAGAAUACUCAGCAUAUUUAACAACUCCAGGAGUGCUGUACCUUGGCAUCGGUAACAUUUUAACUUUAACAAUAAUUUCCUUCUUUGUUUAUUUAACCUUUGAGUAUCCAUUUAAAGUUAUAAUUGGUGCCUCAAUCAUGAAGAAGAUUUCUCAUGAUGAUAUUUUGCGAACUAAGUAUUUGAUGGAUCAAGGAAUAGUUGAAAGCAAUAAAAAUGAUGACAAGAACUUAGAAUUCUAGUUAAAAACUAAAGUUAUAGACUGA